AUGUUACAUUUUGUGCCCAGUUUUUUAACUUUUAUUUUACCUUUCAUAUACGCACGACCCGAAGGAAUUAUUCUACCAUAUAAAGAUAACAAAAUUUUAGAAUAUUGUAAGUCUUCAGAAAAUGCAUUUUAUAAGAAAAAUAUUAUUCAGAGCCCUUGGUACUUAUUUCUUUUGAUACUAUUAGUCUGUAUUUUUCUCCUAAUAUUUUUAGGAUUAAUUAAAGGAUUGCUAGGUUUGUGUUCAAAAUCAAUAGGUGAAUUAGGAUUAGGACUGUUGGUAGAUUUGCCGAAACCCAUAGAUAAAUACAGAGAAAAAUCAUUACUGAAUAUCCCAGUGCAAUAUGAUAUAGAAGGAUGGCCGAUACAUCCUUAUGAGAAUGAAAGAAGCGUAAGGGUUUUUUCGGUGAAAACCGAAUUUUGCUUGAACGUUAUAUUUUUCUUGGCGUGUCCUCUUGCUCUCUGCAUACAUUUAUGCAAAUUAUGUUGCGAAAAACCGGAUACGGAUGAAUACAAGAAGGGUUGCUUCUGUAACGUCAGUAUGCUGAAGAUGAAUGAACGAUUGAAGAAGAAGAGAAAGGGAGGCUACAAGUCCGUUCGACACGUAGAUAUUUACGAUGAUAACGAUAGAAAUGAAGACGAGGACACAAAAUACGUUAUAAACCAAAUGCGGCAUAGCCAGCUAUCACUUCAGAAAGGUUUUUAA